AUGUCGCUCUGGGGUGUACUUGGUAAAAGAGUAUUGGCGGAAUCGGCAAGGAACCACUUUGGCCAAGAGGAUCCGUACUUUGAAGAUGUCCCGGCUUCACGUUUGAAUCGCGCAUUUGGCAAGAAGACCCAGAAGCGACGAAAGGCCGCCCCGCCAGGAUUGUCGGACAAUGACGCCAAAGUCCUCACGCAGGUCAAACGGAGAGCAUACAGGUUGGAUUAUUGCCUUUUCAAUUUGUGCGGAAUUCAAUUCGGUUGGAGCAGUGUAAUCGCACUAAUUCCUGUUAUUGGAGAUAUAGUCGAUACCCUGUUCGCCCUGAUGGUUGUGAAGUCUUGCGGUAAUAUCGACGGAGGCUUGCCAAGCUCCCUUCAUGCUAAGAUGGUAUCCAACGUUAUUAUCGACUUCGUAAUCGGCCUUGUUCCAUUUGUAGGAGACCUUGCAGAUGCGGUGUACAAGUGCAACACGCGCAACGCCGUGAUUCUGGAAAAGCAUCUGCGCCAGAAGGGGAAAAAAACUCUCAAGAACCAAAGGGGCCAACCAGACAUGAGUCUGCCCGAAGAAUGGGACAAAUACGCUAACGGCGCAACGGGUGAACACCCAAACCGUGGAGGACAGGAGUACGGCACCGUUGAAACUCCUGCUGAAGCUCGACCCGCCAGACAUCCGCAAAGGAGUCGCUCCCAAGGUCGGUGGUUUGGUGGAUCUAAAAACAGGGAAGGCGAUAUCGAGCGUGGUAUUGCUUGA